CCUAAGCUCCGCCCAAGGCCCGGUUUUCCGCCUCGCAGAACCAGUACUGCACUGCCGUCCGACGCAAUGGAUCUGUCCUGGGCCACUCAAGAGAGUGAAGUGGUGGCAGAGAAGAUGCUCCGUUACCGACGGGACACGUCAGGCUGGAAGAAGUGCCGGGAAGGCAAUGGAGUUUUGGUUUCCUGGAGGCCAUCCGAGGAGUUUUCAGGGAAUCUGUACCGAGGGGAAGGGAUUCUGUGUGGGACACCAGAAGAGGUGUGGCAUUGCAUAAAGCCAGCUGCUGGAGGCCUCCGGGAGAAGUGGGAUGACAAUGUAACCAGUUUUGAAAUUGUCCAAAGCAUCACGGAUAUGCUGUGUGUGAGCAGAACCUCCACGCCCUCCGCUGUCAUGAAGCUCAUUUCUCCCAGGGACUUUGUGGACUUGGUGCUAGUGAAGAAAUAUGAGGAUGGCACCAUCAGUUCUAACGCUACCCACGUGGAACAUCCACUGUGUCCCCCAAAGCCAGGUUUUGUGAGAGGAUUUAACCAUCCAUGCGGGUGCUUCUGUGAACCUCUGCCAGGGGAGCCCAACAAAACCAACCUGGUCACCUUUUUCCAGACAGACCUGAGUGGCUACCUCCCUCAGAGCGUGGUGGAUUCCUUCUUCCCUCGCAGCAUGGCUCAGUUCUACCCCAACCUUCAGAAGGCCGUGCGGACGGUCCGUCAUUGAUAGUUGCCUCUUGGCAAAGGGAUGCCUCCGAUCCUUCAGGAGCUCCAGCUGUUCAACCUCGAAGACCAUGGAAGAGCUGCUGUGGCCUUUUGAGAUGCCCUAGUGAACAGCAAGUCUUGGGGUGCCAUUCCAGAAGAGCAGCCCAUUUCCUC